AUGAUUUGCCUGGUUCUGCACUGUGGUUUCCUGCUUCAUGCCAUCGAAACAUUCAUCACCGUUUAUUAUACAACCUUACCUCUCGCCAAUUCACAGGGACAUUUCCCAAGUCUUGAAAAUGUGGGUGCUUUCAAGAACGCCUCCAUUGUGCCAAGCCAAGCGACCUGUGGACUGCCAGAAAGGAGUACUUUUUGUCAAAGUUCAGCUGUUGUUGAAAGUAUUAACUUCUGUAUUCGGCAAUUUUGCAUUCAGACGUGUCCAUAUAGAUCAUCUCCUGCUUCCUACGCUGCCAUCCUCUCAGAAGGCCUGGGCAAUGUGAUCCAGCAAGAUCAAAACGAUGGGCCUCCUGGGUCUUUUAGCAACACGAGUAUUAUUUUUCGUGGUGAAAAGGGUUGUUUUUCCACUCCUCGUCCUCGGAAGCUUGCUGUUUCAUUUACUUUAACUGUAUGGUUGAAACCUGAGAAAGAAGGUGUAAUGUGUAUGGUGGAGAAAACUGUUCAUGGGCAGACUGUGUUCAAGCUUACAAUUUCUGAGAAAGAGACAGUGUUUUAUUAUCACACUAUAAAUGGGCUGCAGCUACCGAUAAAAGUAAUGACACUGGGGAGAAUUCUGGUGAAGAAAUGGAAUCAUCUUAGCGUGCAGGUUCAUCACAACAGAAUUAGUUUCUUUAUAAAUGGUUUGGAAGAUGAUGAUACAGCCUUCGAUUCCAGAAUUCUCACAGGGCCAAUAGCAGAUCCCUCUAUUGAUGGGGAAUGGAGAAUUGGGCAAAAUUUAAAUGGUUCAGAGCAAUUUGUCGGGAGGAUGCAAGAUUUCAGAUUGUACCAAAUGGCCCUUACAAACAGAGACGUUUUUGAAGUAUGGUCUGGAAAAUUUCCUCAACUUCGUAUUCAAUCAGAAUGUCGCUGUCCUGGAAGUCACCCAAGGGUACAUCCUUUGGUUCAGAGGUAUUGCAUUCCUAAUGGUGCAGAUGACACAACUAAUGACAGAGUCCUCAGACUAAACCCUGAAGCUCACCCUUUAAGCUAUGUUAAUGAUAAUGAUAUUGGAACUACAUGGAUUUCAUCUAUAUUUAGCACCACUGAACAUCUACGUCAUGGAGUAACCAUCACCAUUGAUUUAGAAAAUGGACAGUACCAGGUGUUUUAUGUUAUAAUCCAGUUCUUCAGCCCUCAGCCUGAAGCAAUCCGAAUACAAAGACAAAAGCAACCCUCCAUUGGUUGGGAAGACUGGCAAUACUUUGCAAGGGACUGUAGUGUGUUUGGAAUGGAGAAUAAUGGAUCGCUGCAAUAUCCAGACUCUAUAAACUGUCUACGGCUUCCUAGCCAUACACCAUAUUCCCAUGGAAAUAUUACUUUCAGUGUUCUUACUCCAGAACCAAAUCAUCGGCCAGGAUAUAAUGAUUUCUACAAUACACCAUCGCUUCAAGAGUUUGUCAAAGUCUCAAAAAUUAAGAUUCAUCUAUUUGGCCAGUAUCACACUACUAUGCCCUGGGUUAAUUUUGGACAUAGAUACUAUGGAAUUGAUGAAAUUACAAUCAGUGGAAGAUGUAAUUGCUUUGGCCAUGCUGAUCAUUGUGACACAAGUCAUAGUCCAUACAAAUGUGUCUGCUCUGAGGAAAGCUACACAGAAGGCAACAAUUGUGAUCGCUGUCACCCACUGUACAAUGACAAGCCAUUCCAUCCAGGAGAUCAAGUUCAUGCUUAUAAUUGCAAACCUUGUCAAUGUUUUAGCCAUGCUGUAAGCUGUCAUUACAACAGGACAAUAGAUUACUUUCCUAAUGAAUAUUAUAGAGGUGGUGGUGGAGUCUGUGAUAAUUGUCAACAUAAUACCUCAGGAAUAAAUUGUGAGUUGUGUAAUGAUUUCUUCUAUCGGCAUAUAGAUGUGGAUCUCUCAGCUUUGGAUGUUUGUAAACCCUGUGAAUGUUACUCAGCAGGCACCAAAAAUGGUAGUCUCUUUUGCAAUAAAAUUGGAGGAAAAUGUAAUUGCAAAAGACAUGUGUCUGGUAGACAAUGCAAUCAAUGCCAGGAAGGAUUCUACAAUCUGCAAGAAUUCAACCCUGAUGGCUGCAGCUCCUGUAGCUGUAAUGCCUCUGGGACGGUUGAUGGAGAUACUACCUGUCACCAAAAUUCAGGCCAGUGCAAGUGCAAAGAAAAUGUUAUUGGUCUCAGGUGUGAUCGGUGCAAGUCUGGAUAUAAAGUCAUUCAGAAUAUUAAGCAAGAUGGGUGUGAGCCUUGCCUGUGUAACAUCCAUGGUUCCAUGAACAAUUUGUGCAAUCCUUCCACUGGACAGUGCACUUGUAAGGAAGGGGUUAAAGGAGUUCAUUGUGAUACCUGCAUUGAUGGCUUUUAUUGGAUGGAUGCUUUUGGCUGUAACCCUUGUAGUUGUCAAACAGCAGGAUCAGUUUCUGAUACAUUGUGUGAUCCCAAAACAGGACAGUGUAUUUGCAAGCCUAACUUUGGUGGAAGGCAAUGUGAUGAUUGCUUAAAUGGAUAUUAUAAAGAAUGGCAAAACAAUGCUUCAAUCUGUGUGCCAUGUAAUUGUGAUAAGUCUGGCUCUGUAAAUGGCUCUUUAGCAUGUGACAAAUUGACAGGACAGUGCCCUUGCAAAUCUGGUGUCACAACUCUUCAGUGCAAUCAGUGCAGGCCCUAUAUGUAUAACUUUACUGCUCAAAAUAUUCUUGGCUGCAUGCCUUGUGACUGUGAUCCUCUAGGGACACUUCCAGGAACAGCAUGUGACCAAACAAGUGGACAAUGUAUUUGCCAGCCUCACCGCCAGGGAAGAAGAUGUGAAAAGUGUAAGCCAGGUUUUUAUAUUUCUGCACAUAGUGAGAGCAGCUGCCUUCCUUGUUUGUGCCACCCAAAUGGCUCAGUGAGCAAUAUUUGUGAGACUUUCACUGGCCUGUGUGUUUGCUAUGAUUCUUCUGUAUCUGGGAUGAAAUGUGACCGCUGCAGUGGCAACUAUUUUGGAUUCAACUCAGAAACUGGGAAAUGUCAGCAUUGUAAUUGUCAUCCUGCUGGAGCUAUUAAUUGGACUUGUCAUCCCAUUACUGGACAAUGUAUGUGUAAACAAUUUGCAACUGGCUUAAAAUGUGACAACUGUGUUCCCAAUGCUAGCAAUUUGGAUGUCCACAACCUAUUUGGCUGCAGUAAAACUCCUUCCCAGCAGCCUCCCCCCAAAGGGCAGAUUGUAAAUUCUUCAGCUAUCAGAGUCAUUUGGAAUCCACCCGAUUCUCCCAAUUCAAAUUGGCUUGCUUACAAACUAUACAGAAAUGGGACUCAGAUCUACACAACAGAAGACUACCAUCCUUACAGCCUCCAGGUCUUUGUUGAUAGCAAUUUACUUCCGUAUACCUUCUAUACAUAUUACCUUGAAGCAAGCAACAUCCACGGAUUUACAAGAAGUACUGAGUUGACCUACAGAACACAGCCUGGGAUACCUCUAGGAAAUCUGCAUUUAAAUCCAGUCUUUCCUGUUGGACCUUAUUCUAUUUCUUUUAACUGGACAGCCUUAUCCAAUGACACUGGUCCAAUUGAGAAAUACAUUUUGACAUGCAUUUCUUCAUUUGAACAUCAAUCUUGUGGCCAGCAUGAAAGCUUGGGGACCUCUAUAACUGUCUGGAAUUUAGUUCCAUUUACAAAAUACAACUUUUACGUUCAAGCAUGUACUAGUGGAGGCUGUUUGCUAAGCCAGCAACUGUCCAUAGUUACUGCACAAGCACCUCCUGAGGAGCAACUACCUCCAGUCAUACAAAAUAUCAGCUCUACUGAAUUGGCUGUAGAAUGGGUCCCACCCAGGAAAACCAAUGGUGUAAUUAUUAGGUAUGAAUUAUAUAUGAAAGGAGGUGUACAGUCCAAUGGAAGUCAUGUUUCCCCUGAGAACUGUGUUUUCCAAAGCAAUGGGUGGUUCAAUCUUCAUCCAGUGGAAGAAUCUCUACAUGAGAAAGCUUUGACACCACUUGUAACUAGUACUGUCAUCACUGAUUUGGAGCCAUUUACAAACUAUGAGUUCCGUGUUUUAUCAGCCAAUAUGGCUGGCAGCACAUUUUCAAAUUGGACAUUGCAAAGAACAGCAGAGGCAGCUCCUGUAUUCAUGCCACUUCCAUCAGUAUUCCCUCUUUCACCAUAUUCUCUGAAUGUGUCUUGGGAAAAGCCACGAGAUAAUGAAGCAAGAGGAGAAGUGAUGGGGUAUAGCGUCAAUGUAAUUACCGAACAAAAAGUAUUGCCAACGUUUUCUCAGCCUUUGUAUGUUGCUGAAGCCCAUGAGCAAUCCUAUGUAAUGACUGGACUGGAGCCAUACAGAACAUACUCUUUUACCAUUACACUCUGCAAUCGAAUUGGAUGUGUUGACAGUAAGCCAGGAAUGGGACAAACUUUAGCUGCUGCUCCAGUUCUGCUAAUAGCACCAGACACUGAAGGAAUAAACAGCACUGUAAUAAAGAUAACUUGGCAUGAGCCUGAAAAACUUAAUGGACCUCCUCCAGUUUAUCAGCUGGAAAGAAUAGAUAUAUCUUUAGCAACAUCAGAUGUAAAUGUAAAAAAAGGAAUUCGUUUUCCAGGAAAUGGGUAUUACAAGUUUCCAAAUUCUACAUUGCCUACAAACACCUAUUUUACAGGUGUUAAAAUAAGCUUUAAAACCACGGAACUCGAUGGUCUACUCUUUCUCUCUAUAUCACCUGGUAAUCAGGAAGAAUACAUUGUCCUUCAGUUGAGAAGAGGCCGUCCUUACUUUCUCUUUGAUCCACAGGGUUCUGCUGUUUCUGUAACUCCAGAAAAUGAUGGUGGAAGGCAAUAUAAUGAUAACAACUGGCAUCGUAUAAGUGCAAUAAGAAAUCAAGCCUUGGGAACAAUAAUUAUAGAUGGGCAAUUCUCAGGUUCCUCAUCAGGUACAAGUGGAAGUGCCAUUAUAGGAGAAAAUACAGGAAUUUUUGUUGGAGGACUUCCAAAAGACUUUAUAAUUGAAAGGAAAGAUAUAGUCACAAAGGGAUUUGUGGGGUGCCUCCGCGAUAUCUUCUUGCAAAAGAUGCACCAUCCCUAUGAAGCCUGGGAACCUUUAAAAUGGGAAAAAGCAGUAGAGCAAAGAAAUGUUUAUCACAAUUGGGAAGGUUGUCCUACUUGCCUUGAAGAUGGAGCACACUUUCUUGGGAAAGGUUUCCUAGAACUCCAUUCAAAUAUGUUUCGUGGUGGCAUGGAUUUUGAGAUCUCCUUUAUGUUUAAAACAGAUCAAUUCAGUGGAUUACUUCUGUUCAUUUACAACAAAGAUGGGCCUGAUUACAUUGCAGCCAAACUGAAAAGUGGAAGUCUGAUUUUCCUACUAAAUAAUGGCAUUGUCUCCACACAUGUGAAUCUCUGGUUAGGACUAUCUUACUGUGAUGGAAAGUGGAAUAAAAUGAUUUUGUCGAAAAGAGGAUCGGUAGCUUCAGCAAAGAUGAAUGAAUGGACAGAUCAUGUGAUGGACCCUGAUUUGGAGCAGCUAUUUGUAAACUCUCCAGUCUACCUUGGAGGGACUCCAUUUGAGGUCCAGGAAGCAUUUAACGAGCUGGGCUUAGAACAGGGUUUUGGAGGCUGCAUGAAGGAUGUUAAAUUUACACGAAGUGCUGUCGUUAACUUGGCAUCUGUGUCCAGCAGUGCUGUCAGAGUCAAUCUGGAUGGAUGCCUAUCAACUGACAGAGCUGUAAACUGCAGGGGAAAUGACUCCAUCUUAGUGUAUCAAGGAAAAGAGAAACAUGUAUAUGAUAAUGGUCUGCAACCAUUUACAGAAUAUUUAUAUCGGGUAAUUGCUUCUAAUGAAGGAGGAUCUGUAUCUAGUGCCUGGAGCCGUAGCCGCACAAGAGAAUCAGUACCACAAAACGUGCUGACACUCUCAAGAAUUCACAGCAUAAAUGGUUACAGCAUUGAAGUUACAUGGGAUGAACCAGUUGGGGUCAAAGGUGUAAUUGAAAAGUACAUUUUGAAAGCUUCCAGUGAAGAUGGUUCCAACAUAUCUGUUGUCAGUACAGAGAUUUCUAAUACUAGUUCAUGUACAGGUCUGCUGACAGGUUUGUGUCCCUUUGCAAACUAUGCUGUAACCCUAAUGGCUUGCACUUUGGCAGGCUGUACGGAGAGCUCACAUGCCUUGAACAUCUCCACUCCACAAGAAGCUCCACAAAAUGUCCAGCCACCCACAACUGUUUCAUUCCCCACAUCUUUAUGGCUGAGUUGGGCUCCUCCAAAAGCACCAAAUGGCAUAAUCACACAGUAUAUUUUAUAUAUGGAUGCUCAAAAAAUUUAUGCUGGAAAUGAAACCAAGCUUAUUGUCAAAGAUUUGAAAGUUUUUACUCCAUACCAGUUUUUAAUCUCUGCUUGCACAAUGGUUGGCUGCAAAAACAGUACCCAGGUCACAGUGCUUACAACAGAGCUCCCACCAGUUCAUGUGGAUGUGCCAGAUCUGAUAAUUUUGGAUUCUAGAACACUAGAAGCACAGUUGGAUAUUCCAAAAGAAGUAAAUGGAACGGUAAUCAGCUGUAUCCUGUACAUUGCCAAGAAAGAGAAAAAAUCUAUAGUUUGGGAUGCAAUUUAUAACUCUACAGAUCUUUUUCAGAACUAUACUAUACAAGACCUUUCCCCCGGUACUGAAUACUUCAUCAAGUUAGCAGUCUGCACUACAGGCGGAUGUACAAUCAGUGAAACUAUUUCAGUAAAAACAAUGAAAACUGGUCCAGAAGGGGUUCCAGCUCCUAAAGUCCAGUCAUAUUCCUCUGACUCUUUUAACAUUUCAUGGACUAAGCCAGAGUACAUGAAUGGAUUUAUUACUAGUUAUGGAUUGUACAUGAAUGGAAUUCUGGUGCAGAAUUCCUCAAAAGUGACCUAUUAUAUUUCUGGCCUUUCUCCUUGGAGUCUCCAUGCCUUCAGAGUUCAAGCAUGCACAGCAAACGGCUGUGCUUUUGGUCCACUGGUAAAAGUUCAUACAACUGAAGAUGUACCCAAAGGAAACAUUGAACUGUUUGUUAUUAAUGGUGGAGCCAAAGAAGUUAAAGUGAAAUGGUUUCCUCUGAAUGAACCCAAUGGGCAAAUAACGUAUGCUGUUCUUUUCACUGGGAUCUUUUAUGCUGACGAAGCUAAUGGCAAUUACAGUAUUUUAAAUUGUACACAAAUUUUAUAUACCAGCAAAGAAUCAAAUACCUGGGUGUCCAUUGGAGGAUUAAUUCCAUUUUCAAACUACACAGUGGAAGUGAAUGCUUCUAAUAGCCAAGGUUAUGUAAUCAGUGAUCCUGUAGAAAUUGCCCUGCCUGCUGCUGCUCCAGAUGGCAUGUUGCCUCCUAGGCUUUCAUCUGCUACUCCAACCAGUCUUCAGGUUUUCUGGUCUACACCAGUUUGCAACAAUGCUCCAGGCUUACCCAGAUACCGACUCCAAAUAAGACUUAAGAACUGCCCAGAAAAUAGUACAGAGUUGUUUUCUAAACCAACAAUUUAUUUACAUCACAUACUGAAGAACCUGCAGCCAUAUACAUCUUAUGAGUUGAGGGUUAUUGCCUGCAAUGAAUAUGGUGAUACAUUCAGCAACUGGACUCUGAUAGAUACAGAAGAGGAUAAACCAGGACCUAUUGACCCACCACUAAUCUUGGAAGUGAAAUCCAGAGAAACAACCAUUUCCUGGCAGCCUCCUUCAAGGCCGAAUGGCAUUGUCACCCACUACAACAUCUAUCAAAACCACCAGCUGCACGCUACUGUUCCAGGAGCUAAAUCAAAAUACGUUGCAUCUUUCUUGCAACCAUAUACAGUUUACCGAUUUCAGGUGGAAGGAUGCACUUCCAAAGGGUGCUGUCUUUCCUCUGAUAGCCUACCUAUACAAACCCUUCCAGAUGCACCUGAAGACAUCCCUGCUCCAGAAUUAUACUCAGACACACCAACAUCUGUGCUCGUGUCAUGGCAAUCUCCUCUUCAUCCAAAUGGACCAGUUGAAAACUUCACAAUAGAGAGAAGAAUAAAGGGAACAGAACAAGUGUCCACAGUAGCCUCGUUUCCUUCCAAUUGUUCCAAGAGUUAUCUAGACCAAAGUACUAGUCUUAGCCCUUGGAAAAAAUAUGAAUACAGAAUAUUGGCAAGCACUUUUCAAGGUGGCCUUAACAGCAGUUCUUGGGUAGAAGUCAUCACCAGGCCCUCAAGACCUGAAAACAUCCACGCUCCUAAGGUGCAAGCAUUAGAUCCCUAUACUGCCCAGGUUUCCUGGGAGUCUCCUUCUAUUUUAAAUGGAGAAAUGUUGAGCUAUGAGAUCCACAUGCCGAACCCUCAAAUCACUAUAACGAACAAUUUGACAACUUCAAUGAGCCACGUAGUAACCAACCUGAUCCCUUUCACAAAUUACUCGGUCACCAUAGAAGCUUGUACUGGAGGUGGAAAUUACAUUGGAGGGUGCACCAAGAGUCUACCAACAUAUAUGGUUACACUUCCAACAUUUCCGCAAAAUAUCAGUUCUGUGACUGUGACCCCAAUUAAUGAGUCAGUAAUUACUGUGUAUUGGCAACCACCAUCUAAACCUAAUGGACAUCACAUAAGAUAUGAGCUCCUGAGACGUAAAAUCCAGCAGCCACUUGCAUCAAAUCCCCCUGAAGAUUUAAAUCUCUGGGACAAUAUUUACUCAGGAACUCAGUGGUUUUAUGAAGAUAAGGGUCUUAGCAGGAAUACAACAUAUGCAUAUAAGCUAAUAGUACAUAAUGAAGUAGGCUAUACGUCAAGUGAAGAAGUGGUUGGUACAACAUUACCAGGAUUUUCAGAGAAAGGCACUAAUGUUGCUGCAAAGCCUCUUAACCACACAGCUAUAGAAGUGAAAUGGACCACUCCAAUCUUACAAGAUGUUCAAGAAAGUAUUGAAUAUUAUUUCCUUUCCUGGAAUGACACUAACCAAAUAAACUCCAAAAAGAUCCCUGCAAGUGAAAAUAGUGCUGUUAUUGAUGAAUUAUAUCCAAACACACAAUAUCAGAUUUUGCUUCAAGUUUUCAGUGGACUUAACAGCAUCACAAGUGAAACUGUACAAGUGAUUACACCAGACGUAGAGCCAGAGAGUCUGUUCCCUCCAGAGAUCGUCAUCAUCAAUAGUACAGCUGUACGUGUCAUUGUGCCUUCAAUGAUUUCAAACUCAAAUGGUGUUGUCACAGAAUAUUCUAUUUAUGUAAAUAAUAACCGAUAUGGGACCAGAAUGAAGGUGCCUGGAUCUUUCGUUUUAGGAGAUUUGUCUCCAUUCACUCUUUAUGACAUACAGGUUGAAUCCUGCAGGAGGAAUGUUUGUGUGAGAAGUAAUGGAACCCAAAUUAGAACUGCAGAAGAUGUGCCUAAAGACUUAUUGCCACCAUGGAUCUAUGUCCUUGGUUCAAGAUCACUUCAGAUUAACUGGACAUCACCAGGACAACCAAAUGGCGUUGUUUUAGGAUAUGAACUAUUGCGUAAAGCUCAGCAUCUCUGCCCUGAUGCAAGGCAACUGUCAAAAUGUCAAAGUGAAGGAAUUUGCCUGCUCCUGGAAUGCAACAUUCAUGAAAAUAUAUGUGGAAGACGAUGCUGUAAUCCCCAGUUUAAGAUCUUUCUUAACUUCUAUCUCUCAGUGAUAUUGAGGAAUCCUCGUUUGCAAGCUUUGGCAGAGGGGGAAGCCCGAUGUCAGUCUCAGGAAUCCCCGGCAACAAGCCUCGGCUGUGGGGAAAGCCUGGUGUUGGCGACGGUGGUGGGAAUUCCAGCAGCAAGUCCCGGUGGUGGGGGAAGCCCUCCUCAGCGCCGGGGAUUUCCGGCAGCAAGUUUUGGUGGUGGGAAAAGCUCGGUGUCCAUCACGGUGGUGGGAUUCCCCAGCAGCAAGUCCCAGCGGUGGGGGAAGCCCUCCUUUGCGUCGGGAACCCCGGCAGUGAGCCGGGCGUCGGUCACAGCAGUGGGAAUCCCCAACAGCAAGCAGCGGCAGUGGGGAAAGCCCUCCCCAGCACAGCCACAAUGGCGGGAAAUCCAAAAUUUAGGUUGUAGCUCCAGUGGCAUCGCUCACCCUGGCAGUGACAGUCGCUUCCAAAUUCCAGCCGAGCAACGGCGGAUGUCAAAUCGCGGCAGUGGCGUGGACCAGCAGAGGAUAUGUUGCAAUGGAAAUCAGAACAAUAAUCUAAGUUUCCAAUGCUGUGGGUAUCUUUCAUUUCUUCUGAAUGUAUCAAGUGCUUGUUGUGGAGGUCAGGGGAAUACAUUGGAACCAGAGUAUCAGCAUUGUGGUAACUAUUCUACAUGGAUAUUCACAGGAGUGUUCUGUUGUAGACGUGACUUUGUGAAUAUGUCAAGUAUAGUAUGCUGCUCAGCUUUCAGUGGUGAAACUAAAGCCCACAUUAAAAAGAAUAACUCAGUGCCAUUAAAAUGCUGUGUGACUGAACUUAUUCCAGAGAGCGAAGAAUGUUGUAAUGGACUUGGAUAUAAUCCCUUGAAAUAUGUUUGCGCUGACAGGAUUUCAUCUAGAAUGAUGAUGAAGAUAGAAGAAGAAUCGAAAUGCAUCCCACUGUGUCCUAGAUCUACUGAAGAAGUGAAACACUGUGGACAGUGUAACUUUGACGAGUAUACUUGUUUAUGUGCUUGGAUAAAGAGUUCCCGUAAUUAUACAAAAAAUAAAGAAAAUGAAAGCAUAUGCCCAUCUUUGGAGGAAAAGAUUUAUACAGGAGGCCCAACUCAGUAUUCAUUCAAAGAUAAGAAUCUAGAACCUCAUAUUACUUAUGAAUACAGGCUAGCUGUGUGGAACAAACAUGGAAAAGGUUUUAGUGAAAUGAACAGUGCAACCACUAAACAAGAUGUCCCUGAAGGUGUAAGUCCACUUCAUUGGAAAAAAGUGGAUAAUCGUGAAGAUGUAAUAUUUCUAACAUGGAAGGAACCUUGUCAACCAAAUGGUAUCAUCAUUUAUUAUAUUAUUCUCCGAAAUGGAGUUGAACAUUUCAGAGGAAAGGAACUGAAAUUCAUGGAUACCAGUGAUAUUCAACCAUACCAGAAAUACUCAUAUUUAUUGCGUGCUUGCACUGUGGCUGGAUGUUCAGACAGUAGCACGGUAAUUGCAGUCACUGUCCAAGGAAUUCCGGAGAAUAUUCUGCCACCAACAAUUAUACCUCUAAAUGCAACAACCUUGCAUUUGAGUUGGGUGGCACCAAAGAAGCCAAAUGGUUUAAUCAAAGAAUAUCUCAUCCAUCAAAUUGGAAGGGGACUUAUAUGUACUGGCCCUGCAGACCAGGUGCAGCACACCGUCACAGAUCUUCAGCCUUAUGAAAACUACAACUUUACACUCACAGCAUGCACAUUUGCUGGUUGUACUACCAGUCAGACAACUUCAGGUAGAACAUUGCAAGCUGCUCCGCAAGGGGUAUGGUCACAGCCUCAUCAUAUUACAGUAAGCUCUAACGUAGUGGAAUUGUAUUGGGAUGAGCCAGAAAAAAAGAAUGGAAUUGUCAUUCAAUAUAGAUUAUUUUGUAAUGGAGAAGAGAUUUUCAAAGAUGGUGGAGAAAAUCUGAAUUUCACUCAUUCUGCCAUGCAACCAAAUAACAGAUACGUUUACCAGCUAGAAGCCAGUACGUGGGGCGGUAGCAAUAUCAGUGAAAAAUAUAUUGUCCAGACACCAGCAACAACACCGGAGGAGAUUCACAUACCAUAUAAUAUCACAGUAAUUAAUGCAUAUUCCAUAUUCGUAGCAUGGGACAUUCCUGGAUCAUUUAAGAGCAAUAUACCUUUGGAGUACAAUAUAUUACUAGAUGCUGGCAGUACCUCCCCACUUGUAAAACCAGUUGGGCAACCCAAAUUCAUUGUUCUGGAUGGACUUGAUCCAUGCACCCAAUAUGAGAUAAGGAUACAAGCCUGCCAGAAUGCUGGCUGCGGAGUUGGUGAACGAGUAUAUGCAAUCACUGCUGAAGCCUUUCCUGAAGAUUUGAGUCCUCCUGUCAUUUCAGCCAUUGGACCAAAAUAUAUAGACGUGAAAUGGUUCCCUCCUAAAAAACCCAAUGGGAUAAUUAGAAACUACUUUAUUUACAGACGUCCUAUGGAGGCUGAAGAAGAGACGCUUGUGUUCAUCUGGUCUGAGGGCACUUUAGAAUGUAUUGAUGCUACAGAUGCUCUUCUGCCAUUUACAGAGUACGAAUACCGUGUCAAGGCUCAGAAUUCCAAAGGUUCUGUGAAUAGUUCAUGGUCCUCAACACAGACCCUAGAAGCUCCACCAUCAGGCAUGAAAGCUCCCUCAGCACAAGCGAUCAGCGCUCAUUCUCUGUUCCUAAAUUGGACCAGCCCAACUUAUCCUAAUGGUGUUAUUUCUCAGUAUCAUGUUGUCUAUCAAGAAAGACAGAAUGACCCAACAAUUAACACUCAGGAUGUUACUACACUAACAAUUCCAGGAGAGAUGUAUCAAACUUACUUGUUUGGUUUGAAGCCAUAUACAACCUACUACAUUCAGAUUGCUGCUGUCAAUAAUGCUGGGCAAGUUGCUAGUCCAUGGAUUUCAGUGCACACCCUAGAAGCUUCUCCGAGUGGCCUAAGCAACUUUACAGUGGACAAGAAAGAGAAUGGCAGGGCAUUAUUACUCAGAUGGGCAGAGCCUUCCAAGCCCAAUGGUAACAUUAAGAUUUACAAUAUUUUCAAUGAUGGUAAUCUAGAAUACAGCGGUUUGUCUCGUCAGUUCCUCUUCAGACGUCUUGAGCCCUUCACUGAAUACACUCUCCUUCUUGAAGCUUGUACAGCUGCUGGUUGCACUCGCUCUUCGCCGCAGCAAAUUUGGACAGAUGCAGCCCCUCCUGCUUCUCAAAUGGCUCCCGUAAUCCAUUUGGUGAAUGCAACCAGCAUUGAACUGAGCUGGUCUGAGCCAAUUAAUUCAAAUGGAAAAAUAAUGUGCUAUGAAGUUAUUCACAGACACACCAAAGAAAAUGCUUCAGGGGAAAACAGCACGACAGAAGAAGAGAACAUUGUUUUCACAGAAUAUAACACUGGGAGUACUGCAUUUGUAUAUCAUGCUCAGCAUUUGCAGCCGUGGACUACUUACGAAUAUAAAAUACGUGCCUGGAAUUCAGCAGGCUACACUGAUAGUCCUUGGUCUGCUGCAAAAACCAGCCAAGCUGCCCCAGAAGGCAUGGCUGCUCCCAUGUUAACAUAUAUACCUCAAAAUCCUAGCAAAAUAUGGAUUUCAUGGUCAUUUCCAGAAAAAAGCAAUGGUGUUCUGCUGUCAUAUAAGCUCCAAAGAAAUGAUGUUCCCUAUCCUUUUAGCUUUGAUGCUUCAACCUUCAAUUAUACUGAUGAAGGCUUGCUUCCAUAUACAGAAUACAAUUAUGUAAUAACUGCUUGUACCCUGGGAGGGUGCUGCUCUAGUGACCAUUCCAGAAUACAGACCUUAGAGGCAGCCCCAGCAAUAGUCAGCCCUCCUACUCUAGAAGGUAUACAUUCCACCCAGAUUAAUGUAUCUUGGUCGCCACCCCAAAUUCAAAAUGGUGAAAUCAUAAAGUACAUUUUAAAGCUGAAUGGUGAAGAACAAUAUGUUGGAAAGAGUUUAUUCAAGACAGUAAUGAAUCUACAACCUUAUACUAAAUAUGACAUCAAAUUGGUUGCCUGUACCAAUGGAGGCUGCACUGUGGGUGCAUCCCAAACUGCUUGGACAAUGGAAGCACCUCCUCUUAACUUAGAUCCCCCUAAGUUACUAGUGACAGAUUCAGACUCUCUAGAAAUUACAUGGAAAGCUCCCAAUAACCCAAAUGGUAAAAUCCAGAUUUAUGAGCUAAGGAGGAAUGGAUUGCUGGUUUAUUCAGGUCUAGAUAGACACUAUAAGGACUUCAUGUUAACUCCUGGAAUAGAAUACAUCUAUACUGUUACUGCAAACAACAGUCAAGGGAGCGUCACCAGUCAGAUAGCCAAGAUAAGAACCAAUCCAUCUGCCCCAUCUGGAAUGUCUCCACCUCUGUUGCAUCCAUUGACCUCACAGACAAUUUUGGUUAUUUGGGAUCCUCCAGCAAAGAUUAAUGGUAACCUGAUCAAUUAUACUAUCAUUCUUCGGGAACCUAUUAAAUCACAAAAGAAAGUGAUUUAUCUGGAUUCAUUCCACGAUUCUUUUGGAAGAAGGUCUUACAAUUUAACAGAACUAAAACCCUAUCACAGGUAUGAAGUACAAGUACAAGCUUGCAGUCUUCUGGGCUGCACUCACAGUGAAUGGUCAUCCAUACAAACUCUUGAAGCACCCCCUGAAAUACAGCCAGCUCCUUUCAUAGAUGUCCAGUCAAGUCCUGAUGGAUUUCAGACUGUUCUUUCCAUUGUAUGGACUGGCCCGAAGCACCCAAAUGGAGACAUCUUACAUUAUGAGCUUUAUCGAAGACAGCCGGUAGCCAAUCAACACAAUGUCAGCCUUGUUUAUAAUGGUUCAUCCACUUCAUUCAAAGAUGACACACUCUUGCCUUUCACCGAAUAUGAAUAUCAGAUUUGGUCAGUUAAUUCUGCUGGCCGAACUGCUAGCAAUUGGACAAAAUGUAAGACUGGCCCAGCCCCUCCUCAAGGACUUCCUGCACCUUUGUUUGAAACAGUAGCUUCUACUUCUGCUGUAGUCAACAUCCGUCCUCCUCUAAAGCCAAACGGAAUAAUCACCCUCUACAGGUUCUUCUCCAAUAGCACCAAAGGAAAGGAAAAGGUGCUCUCAGAAGGAACUACUGCUCAGCAGACGAUCCAUGGACUCAAACCUUUUACCACUUAUUCUAUUGGAGUUGAAGCGUGCACAUGCUUCAACUGCUGCAGCCAGGGACCGAUGGCUCAAGUCACCACCCAGCCAGCUCCACCCAGCCAGCAGCCUUCUCCCUAUAUACAGAACCUGACUUCAAGAAAUGCUUCUUUUCUGUGGGAUGCUCCUCAGGAACCCAAUGGCAUUGUGAGAAGAUAUGAACUCCACAUGUACACAUUUUGUCUUCCUUGGUUACUGUCCAUAGAAAGAGUUUGUAAGCCUGGACCUAUCGAAGUGAGAUAUAGUGGAAAGAACCGGCAUUCCAGUGUGAGUGACCUUCAGCCUUAUACAACAUACAAACUGAGAGUGGUGUCGUACAAUUCAGUUGGAAGUGCUACUUCAGAAUGGAUUACUUUUACUACUGAAAAAGAGGUACCUCUGUACAAAUCUCCAUUCGUCAUAAUCGGAAACUUAUCCACCAUCUUCCUGGAUUGGAGUCACACCUUCCUACUGAAUGGGCUUCUGAAGGAAUAUGUGCUAAUGGAAGGAGGGCAACGCAUCUACAGUGGCUCUGAUACCAGACUGUACUUGCCAAGGACAACUGACAAAAUUUAUUUGUUUCAGGUGACUUGCAUCACUGAUGAAGGGAGUGCUGUAACACCAGUAAUCAAGUACAAUGCUGCUAUUGGAUUUGGUCCUGUCUUGACAACUCCAGGAGAAAAUAACAAAGGCAACACAAAGCAAGCAAUGUUCUACACAGAGUUGUGGUUUGUGAUACUAAUGGCGAUCCUUGCCUUGAUCCUCCUAGCAAUUUUCCUGUCUUUAAUUCUGCAGAGGAAAAUAAACAAGCAGCUGUAUUCAAGGGAAAGGCCUCCUUUAGUCUCCGUUCAAAAGAGAAUGUCACCAAUGAAUGUCUAUUCACAAGGAGAAACUCACAUGGGAUUGUCAGAUACAAAAAUUCCAGGACCAGCAUCGCCUUUGAGUAUGCACAGCAGUAGAAACAUUUCUGUCCUUCAGGGGCCAAGCCAAAGCCAGAUAGAGGAUAGGUUUUCCCAAGAUUCCCUGCAUCGAAGUGUCAGUCAGCUUAUUGAACCAUCUGAGAAAAAGUCCUCGGUAGAAGACACUGUUUGGGAUGCCAUUAUUCAUGGCCAUGACAGCAAUUUGUGUAUGGAUGAUGAAGAUCUUGUGAGCACUAUCAAAAGCUUCAGUACUGUCACCAAACCACAUACAACAUUUACUGAUACACCCUUGUAAGUUAUUUAGUACUAUUGCCACAGAAUAGAUAACAGGGAAAGCCUUGAAUAUUUCUCUUCAUAGUCAUUAUGAAGUAAUGCUGUUCCUGAAAUUUUUCUAGUGUUUAUGAAUUACAUCUUGUACUGUAAGUAUGUGAAAGCUAUUAGAAGCUUCUUUUAUAGUAAUACAUUGUCUAGAGCAAAUGUAUUUAUUUGAGAGCUAUAUAUUAUUAAUUUUUUUAAUGCAUUUUUUGGCAAAUAAAUAGUGCUAGACAAACCUUUAUUCAGCUCAUUGCAGGAACUGAUUGGAUAAAUGGUGAAAUGGUCAUACACACAAAUUUAGCAUAGGCAGGAAAUUAGGGAACUCUUCACAAAAAUUAAUUACUGAAAACCUUUAAUUAAUGAGAAAUUAAGAUAAUCAACAAUCAUGUGAAGACAAGAGUACAGAGAAGAAAUGCUUAAUUAUACUUUAUUAUGAUACUAUGCUUCAAUUAGUUUCCUUUGGCCAUACAGUGAAAUCUUUCAAAUAAUUUAUUAAUUAUAGAUGGGGGAAAGUAACCAAAAUUUUAAAUGUAUAUCUAUUCUAAUUGACUUUUUCAUGCUUAUACAGUAAAAUAUGCUUGUGUGGGAAAAUAUUUACUUUGUCAGUAAUUAGCUUAACUGAAUAUGUUUUUCUGCUGGCUGUAGCCGAUAUUCUUUAUUGUUCUGCUAUUUCUGAUGCUCACAUGAUCCAAUGUCAAAUGCUAUACUUUGUAAUAAAAAUCAUGGCAUAUCUAUAUUGGCCAUGGCACUUAUAUAGUUCUGCUUCUGUGGCAAAGAUAUUAACAUUUCAAGCCUGGGAAGUUCAGAAGCAGACCACUGUGGUGGCAAGUAUGUACUUCAGAAGACAAAGCCACUGUAAAGCUUUGGUGCCCUAAUAGAAAAAAGGUUGAAAGAUUUGAAUUAACAGCACUCCGGACUAUAAAAACCAGAGUUGUGAGGAAUAAGAUUUCUGCAAGUGCUCAGAAUAUAACGAUCUUUCUGUUCUAAGACCACCAGAGACAAUUCUGUGCAGUAUAAGAUAUACCUGUCAGGCUGUUAAUACAGGUAGUCCUCAACUUACAACAGUUGGUUUAGUGACCGUACAGUUUCAAUGACACUGAAAAAAAGGGAUUUAUGUCCGUUUUUCACACUUACAACCGUUGCAGCAUCCUCAAGGUCAUGUGAUCCAAAUUCAGACACUUGGAAACUGACUCCUAUGGAUGGCUGCAGCGUCUCUGGGUUGUGAUCACUUCUUGCAACCUUCCGACAAGCAAAAUCCUUGGGGAAGCCAGAUUCACUUAAUGACCAUGUCACUAAUUUAACAACUGCAGGGAUGCACUUAACAAAUGGGGCAAGAAAAGACAUAAAAUGGGGCAAAACUUACUUUAAAAAAUUCUCACUUAACAACAUAAACUUUGGGCUCAAUUGUGGUCGUAAGUUGAGAACUACCUGUACAGAAUUUCAACUGAGUGCAUCAUUAUUAUUUUUAAUAAUUCAUAUCAAAACUAAUCCUUCGCAAUCAGAAAUGUAAUAUAUUGUCAAGCCGCAGGAUAUUGUCUCAAAUUAAAAAAUGAUUUUCAUUUGUUUCAUUGUGUCUCCUUUAUACUGAUCGUUUGCAUUAUUUGUUUUACAAUAGAUAGCCCAAUGUUGUAAGCACAUGGUUGUGAAUAAACAUUAGUGCACAGUAGCCUUACUUUUUCUGUUUCAUAAAAAAAUAACUUGCAUCUUUAGGAACAUAUAAAGUAUCUGAAGCAUAAAAUCACUUACCUUUGACUAAACAAGGUGACUCAAUCCUGAUGUCCUGUUCAGUUGUCAAAGAAACAACUAUUUAACUAUUUUCAAAAAAAAUUAUGAAAGCUGUUUUGGUAUAAGCCAAGUGUAAUCAAGCAAGAAGGUAAACAGUACGGUAGAACAUAUAAAAUUCAAAUGACAAGUGUUCAUUUUAAGAUAAACCAACAGUAGUCACACAGUAGAAUUUAAAAUGUCAGGAAAUUUUAAAUCCUUAUUAUGCAUUGUAUAAUUCACAUUAAAGUGAUGGGUUUUUAUUCUUAAUUGUGAAGUCAUUUGGAGAGAGUGGCAGCUGCAACUCUCACUACCCACCCAUCACACGUUCUAUGGAAGAUAAUUUUUUUAAAAAAAACAAGCAUUCAAAAGUUUCCAUGCUUAUUUUGUUUAUUUUGGCAGGGAGGGGGCUCAAAUAUAACUGAAUAGCCCCUGCAGUGUCUCUAUUAUCAGAUUUAUAGCUUAUAACAGGGCAGGCUUAUAGUUUUGUAUAUUUUAUUCUAUGGUAGUGCUGUUGCAUUGAUAUAAAAUCUAUGUCUAAGUACUCAACAAAGAAUAUUGAAGGAUCAAAUAUAAAUCUGGCUUUAGGAUAUCAUCUUUCAAUUCUUGCCCUCUUUUUCAUGUUGCAAGAAAGGGAAUUAUUAUCUACCGUAUUUAAAAAUAUGAUUUCAGAAAGCGUGCAAUAAAACAUCACAAAGAGGCCUAUACUGCACUUGUGCAAGACUCAGUAGAAUCCUGGUUUCCUUCCAACCUUAGCGUAUGCAACUGAGGACAUUCAAGGCCGUAUCAUUAAGGGUCUCUAGGAAAUCUGUAAAAUAAUGUAGUUUGACUGGACUGAAGGGCAAAGAAAAAGCAAGAAGAAAUCUCAAGACUGCUUGUGCCUUUGCCAAAGGAUUAAAAGACACUUUCAAGACACUCUCAGGUAUUGCUCCUGGAAAUAUUGGGAUGCUUAAGUCUACAAAUUCCAGUUUUUUCAACUGUGCAGACCUAAAUAGAUUGCUUAAUUCUAUACAGUGGUAUAAGGAGUGAAAUUCUCUAUGAACUUUUGGUCUAUAACUAGGUAAUUUGAAACCAAUCUUGCAGUUAAUUUUUGUAAAGAUUAGUAUAUGUUAUUAAGAAAGUGACUCGAGUUCUCCUUUCCUGUGGAAGAUGAUAGCAUGCUUUGGGGUUUUUUUCUGUCUUACUGAUUGUUGACUAAACCAGACCACACAGAAAUUUUGUAGAAGUAAUUUAU